CCUGGGGGUCGGGCGGGGCGGGGAAUGGGGUGCAGUGAGGCUGGGAGCCGGCCCUGAGCUCGUCCUGCGUAGGGGUAGCCGAGCUUGGGGCGCCUGAGCUGGAGGCGGAAGCGUGAAGUCAGGGCUGAGUGGGCGAAGAGAACCUGGGCUGAGGUGAGGCCUAGAAGCGAGAAUGGAGGAGAGAAGGAGCUAGCCCCCGAAGGAGUGUUGGAGUGGACACACUUGGGACGGGACCCUUUUUCAAAAUGUCAGGCUUUGGCAUUUUGUCCAAUUUCUCUUCACUUGGUUUCUCUUUCAUGGGCAGGCCAAGCCCUCCUCCAGCUCCACCUCAUUGCCGGAUUCUCUCAGGCCCAAGUGGGACCCAGAUUCUUUGUCCGGCCCCGGGUCCCUACCCUUGUGGCGCUCCUUUUUCUUGAGGUGUUUUUGUUUGUUUUGUUUUGUUUUUAAUGAGCUCUUAAUUAGUAAUGCCGUCACAAAGUGAAGAUGCCUGGCCGCUUGGUCGACUGCGCAGUGUCUUUACCACUCAGCCCCUUUUGUUUCAAAAAACCCUGAGUCUUAGUACAAUGUUUGUUCUUCCCAACUGCUCCUAGUUCCUAAAUGUGGGUACAUUAAGAAAUCUUAAGGGCAAAGAGGGUGGGGAGGAGGGGACAGAAAACCUGUAAUCCUUGGUGCAGCUCCAAGAAUGAAAUGACACUUGAUGCUUACAUUUUCUUAGCAGACAUGGCCGCUUACCACCAAGAAGGGCAGAUGCAGCUGCCCCGAGCUGAUGCCAUUCGUUCACGUCUCAUCGAUACUUUCUCUCUCAUCGAGCAUUUGCAAGGCUUGAGCCAAGCUGUGCCGCGGCACACUAUCAGGGAGUUACUUGAUCCUUCCCGCCAGAAGAAACUUAUGUGGGGAGAUCAACACCAGCUAGUGCAUUUCUCUAUAAAGCCUCAACGUAUAGGACAGAUUUCACAUGCCGAGAGGCUGUUGAGCAGGCUUCAUGUGCGCUGCAGUCAGAGGCCACCUCUUUCUUUGUGGGCCGGAUGGGUCCUUGAGUGUCCUCUCUUCAAAAACUUCAUCAUCUUCCUGGUCUUUUUGAAUGCGAUCGUACUGAUGGUUGAAAUAGAAUUGCUGGAAUCCACAAAUACCAAACUAUGGCCAUUGAAGCUGACCUUGGAGGUGGCAGCUUGGUUUAUCUUGCUUAUUUUCAUCCUGGAGAUCCUUCUUAAGUGGCUAUCCAACUUUUCCGUUUUCUGGAAGAGUGCCUGGAAUGUCUUUGACUUUGUUGUUACCAUGUUGAGCAUGACCUUCCUCUUGAUGUUGCUGCUCAUCUUCUUCUACAUUUUUGCUGUGACUGGUGUCUACGUCUUCUCAGAGUACACCCGUUCCCCUCGUCAGGACCUGGAGUACCAUGUGUUCUUUUCGGACCUCCCGAAUUCCCUGGUAACAGUGUUCAUUCUCUUCACCUUGGAUCAUUGGUAUGCACUGCUUCAGGACGUCUGGAAGGUGCCUGAAGUCAGUCUCAUCUUCAGCAGCAUCUAUUUCAUCCUUUGGUUGUUGCUUGGCUCCAUUAUCUUUCGAAGUAUCAUAGUAGCCAUGAUGGUUACUAACUUUCAGAAUAUCAGGAAAGAGCUGAAUGAGGAGAUGGCACGUCGGGAGUUUCAGCUCAAAGCUGACAUGUUCAAGCGGCAGAUCAUCCAGAGGUCUGCUUCUCCCUUUUCAACCCCAACUUUCCUUCUCAAGGGUUUCCUGAGCUCAUCUCUUGUUUCUACUCCUUAACCCCACUUUUCCCUUUGUGACAGUAGAUUUGCCCCCAAGGAUAAGAAAUCUCUAGCUCUAGAAUAUUGCCUGAUUCUUCAUCCACUGUGAGGAGUCCAUUUUUUUUUCACCCCUUGACUACAAUUUGUUCUCCCCAAUUAGUUUUCUUCACUUUCUGAUAUGAACUCUUUUUUUCUUACCACACUUUUGCUUGAAUAUAACUGUCUUUGCUCUUUUUUAUUUUUUAUUUUUAUUUGUUGCUCUGCAGGAGAAAAUACAUGUCACGUGAAGCACUGAGGUCAAGCCAUAGCAAAAUAGAGGACAGGUUAGGAGUAUGUAUGUGAACUGGGAUAGAAACACGUGAAGGAGGAGAGGGUGGAAAACUAAAGAUGAAGAUUGGCUUUGAGAGAGAAUUCAUUCAUUUAAUAACUGCAUAUUGUAGUAGGUUGACUAGUGGCACCCGAAAUAAUAUGUUCAUGUCCUUACUCCCUGGAACCUGUGAAUGUGACCUUAUUUGGAAAAAAAAAGAUCCUAAGUUAAGGAUCUUGAGAUGAGAUCAUCCUAGAUUAUCCAGAGGAGCUAGUCAACAAAGGGAAAGUUUGGACUUAUCAGAAGUGUCUGAAGUAGAGUCUAAUUAUGGUGCCACUGAAGAGGAUUUAAUAACAUCUGCAUCAAAAACAGAAGAGACCUUGUCAAAAAAGAGAGAGUACCAGUCUUCCUCCUGUGUCUCCUCCACAUCCUCUUCCUAUUCUUCCUCUUCUGAAUCCAGAUUUUCUGAAUCUAUUGGUUGUUUGGACUGGGAGACUCUUGUGCACGAAAAUCUGCCCGGGCUAAUGGAAAUGGAUCAGGAUGACCGUGUUUGGCCCAGAGACUCACUCUUCCGAUAUUUUGAGUUGCUAGAAAAGCUUCAGUAUAACCUAGAGGAGCGUAAGAAGUUACAAGAGUUUGCAGUGCAGGCACUGAUGAACUUGGAAGACAAGUAAAGCAAUGGAUGGCUUCAAUAUCCUUGGACCCAGCAAAAGAUAAUGAAGGGAAUUGUUGGAAAUAGAGAAUUGAAAAUAUAAAUGUCUGUUCAGAUAGAACAAUGUCUGUUCAUUAAAAUUAAAAUGUAUAA